ACAGGAGCAGAAGACGCGUUUACUUCAGUCUGGAACAGCGAGUCUUCUUUUUUUUUUUGGUGUUUAUGUCAACAUCGCGCGUGCAUGCAAGACAUUACCACCUCCGAUUGCCGAUGCGAAACAUCUGGCCAGCUGCUCAUGAAGCCGGAGCGAGGUGGUGCUCUUUGAAACGCGGAGGUUUACCCCAUUGGUUUCCACCGCGCCCCCGGAGGAACCUCUUUUGACGAUGCUGUGAGCUUCUGCUCGAACCGUGGUGCAUGUGUGAACGCACGGGGACGCGGUGUUUAACCGAACAUUGUUCUGGAUUCGGAUUACGGUCUGAAAGGACGGCCUAGCGAGCGGCAUCCCGAGAAAUGUGUGUGAAAGAGGUGGAAAUGUGUUCUGCGGAAUCUUAGCGACUCUGAAACCAGGGGUUUUGUUUUUGAUUGAAUUUUUUUUUUAAAGAGGACGAUUGCAGAUAAGGUGAGAACACGGAUAUGGAUGUGAAUGCGUUGUUGUGUGUGCUGCCCAAAAACAAGCUGCGCAUGUGCUUGAGGGAGAAAUCUUGAUCGCCGCCAGUUUUUCAGCCGCACAGGUUUACUUGAUGCUGGAUUACGGAGCCGGGGCGUAUUUGUGGAAAGUGCGCAUGCGCAGAUGGCCAACACGAGCGAUCCCGGUGAAAGCAACAAGCCCUCUCUUCAGGACUAUGCCAUCACUGCAUCUGCUGUGAAACUGGCCUCUCUUGGUCUCAUAGCAGGUCUCAGCUUGAUGGGCAAUAUGCUCAUCUCAUUGUUGGUGAUUAAGGAUCGGUCUCUUCACAAAGCCCCGUAUUAUUUGCUUGUUGAUCUGUGCUUGGGUGACAUAGCACGCUCGGCGUCGUGCUUCCCGUUCAUGAUGGUGUCUGUGGCACAUGGCUCGAGGUGGGCUUAUGGAGCGAUGAGCUGCAAAGCGGUGGCGUUUCUGUCCGCUCUGUUCUGCUUCCACGCCGCCUUCAUGCUGUUCGGCGUGAGUGUAACGCGCUAUAUGGCCAUCGCCCACCACCGCUUCUAUGCCAAGCGUGUGACACCGUGGACGUGCACCGCCAUCAUUGGUGUAUCGUGGAUUUUGGCAGCGGCCAUGGCUCUGCCUCCUGUGUUCGACAUGAACACGUAUAGAUUCAUGCACGAGGAGGAGCAAUGCAUGUUUGAGCAACGUUACGCGAGAGCCAACGACACACUAGGAUUCACUCUGAUGUUGGCUGUAGUAGUGGGAGCCACUCAUGCAGUGUAUGUCAAGAUGCUUUGCUUCGUGUAUGACCACCGCAAGAUGAAGCCAGCCCAGUUGAUCCCAGCUGUCAGUCACAACUGGACUUUUCAUGGGCCCGGAGCAACAGGUCAAGCGGCCGCUAACUGGAUCGCUGGAUUUGGACGUGGUCCGACACCACCCACACUAGUAGGCAUAAGGCAGGUGGCACACACAACCAACAGAAGGCUGCUUGUCCUGGAUGAGUUCAAGACUGAGAAGCGAAUUGGAAAAAUGUACUACAUGAUAACGUUGGCUUUCCUGCUGCUCUGGGCACCGUACAUCGUGUUGUGCUAUGUGCAAGUUUUAGUGAAGGAUAGCGGCAUGCCACGGGCAUACGUGAGUGCUGCGGUGUGGCUCACGUUUGCUCAGGCGGCAGCCAAUCCGCUCAUUUGCUUCGUUUUCAACAAGGAGCUCAGGACACGGUGCCGAGCCUGCAUCCUUUGCUGCUUGACUAGUCCUACACAAACACCCAUGGAGCCAUAUUGUGUGAUCUAACGAGAGUUUAUGAUCUACACCUAUUUUUUUUCUUCUUUUAAAUAAAUGGUGAUUUGUUACAAAUUAAUGACUUCAUAAAAAGAUGACAGAGCUGUAUUGAUUUGGUUUGACAAGAUUGGGAUUUAUGGCAUAAUAACUAAAGCUGAUUGAGUGGUAAAUAUAAUUAACAUCUCCGAUUCUUUUUCUAAAACUGUUUUACUCCUUAUACAACAGCAGUUUUGAAUUGAAUAACUGAUGACAAAACAUACAUUGUGAAGUGUUCAAACACGAUAAGGGGACAUAAUGGAAUCACGCACAAGGUGGAAAGACACGAUCUCCUUUCAUCGCUCAUAGUUAACAUUUAAUAUCACAUGGAUAGUUUUUUUUAAGGCAUCUUUGAGCUCAGCUUCCCAAAGGGGUUCUUCUUUGAACCUCUUUUAGAGAAGCACUGUUGCAUGAUUGUAAAUAGGACUGGUGUGUGACCCAGAAAGACAAGCCAAAGAACCCCAAGGGUUCUCAAAAAGCCACAGUUUGCUGUAACUGCUGUUUAAUUUCUUUCUAAUUCUUUAUACUUGCUAUGUAAUAUACCUUAAUGGAUUCCUUUUUCUUUUGGUGUGCCAAAAGUCAAUACUUUUUCUACAUGUAUAUCACUUGGACUUCUGUGUGUGGCCAAAAACCACAUUCUUGGACUUUCCUGUUAUUUAACUGCUAUUUAAAAAUAUUUUAUAUUAGAACUGAAACAAACUUUUAUUGAUGUUUUUUUCUUAAUAAAUAAUAUGAACUGGUGUUACAGAGACAUUUGCAUUGUAUUGGAAGUCAAAUAAAAUUGAUU